AACAAUGGUUUAUUGUCAAAUUUAUAUGUCAUGUCAUAAUUUACUGUGAUUAUUAUUGAAUAUAUGUUUUUAGAUCUUAAUUUAUCAAUAUGAUGAUACCAACCUGCGUAAUCAAACUUUUUGAAUUACUUUUAACCAUAUCCUGUCUUACACUCCAUCACUACAGUUACGACCUAACUGACAUUCCAACGUUGAUGCUGUGCUCUGGGACCUAUAUCGGGUACGUUGUGGUGCUCUCAGGAGAGAUCGUCGGUGAAAUGAUAUUCGCGCCUCUCGAUCUUGUCCAAGAUAUAUACUUUGACUUACUGGGAGCUACUUUGUUCUCCGUGAGCGGUGGAAUGGUCCUGUCGGCCAGAGUAAAAGACAGUGUAUACCCAAGGACAGGAGACCACAAUGCGGCACUACUGGCCGGUUCGCUGGCAAUAUUAAACGCUUUUCUAAUGCUAUUCGACCUGAGCCUUGCUUAUUUGGAUUCAGAGGAAUUCGAUGACGAGGCCAGUGUGUGAGGUGAAGUGGUAUCUGCAGCGGCGGACGCCUACGUGGACGGCUGGUGGUCGGCAGCCGGUGGUGUUUUAUUCGGAGCCUGCGGAGGUUUAACACUCCGCAAUUGGAAGGAGGUGCCAAUUUGCCAACGACGGUCGUAUGCGCAGUCGGCAGCUGUCUGCGCCCUCGCCGCCGCCGCGCUCCUCACAAUAGACGCGU